GUGCAAUUUCAUUCGCUGUUUGUUUGGGCGGCAUUAUGUCGGGCACAGAAGAUGUAAAAGAUCAAGAAAUGGUGGAUGGGAGUGCCCCUGAGAAGUUUCAGAAGUCUAUGCCAUCGUCUCAAGAGGAGGAGGCAGUUGUUAAAAAAAAGUAUGGAGGGAUCAUUCCCAAGAAACCCCCACUCAUCUCUAAGGACCAUGAGCGCGCUUAUUUUGAUUCAGCUGAUUGGGCACUUGGAAAGCAAGGUGGUUCGAAGCCAAAAGGACCACUUGAAGCCCUUCGGCCAAAAUUGCAGCCCACACAACAGCAAACACGAUAUAGAAAGUCUCCUUAUGCUCCUUCUGUUGGUGAAGAUGCAGGGAGUGCAUCUGAGGAAGCAAGUGGUAAUGAAUGAAAUCUAUUGUUGAUGGUCUCUUAUUGUGAGUGAGGACCAUUGAUAAUUAUUCUGAUAACUUCAUAAGUUAAUGAGUAACUUUCGGCUGUUCCCAGCAAUAAAGU